UGGCCUGCCCGCCUCUUCUCAUUACGCCUUAGACUUCCUGGGUUGGUUGUUCGCUACCACUAACUCACGUCGCCUAAUCAAGCGACAAUGGAGGCUCUUACGAAGUCUCUCAUCCGUCCGCCGCUGUGCGCCUCGGCGCUUACCGGCCAGCCGUCAGUCGCCGUCAAAGCGUCUUCUCGCAGCGGACCAGCGUCGUCGUUACCGUCAGUUUCUAAGGCUGCUCCGUCGAACUCAAACCGUUCCUCGUCGAGCCGCGCGUCCAGGAUUUACGCGCUGCCGAACGAUGAUGACGUCAUCUCCGUAACUUCCGGAAAGAGUCUGGAGGAGCUCGAAGAGACUAUUCGCCGAAUCGCGGAGGAGAACGAGCAGCUCAGGGCUCGAGCCGCGGCCGCAGCAGCCAACGCACGCGCUACCGAGGCCGCUUAUAAAGGGGAUGCUGACGUGACAAGGCCGCGCCGGGGGGCUGUCCCGCCGCCUCCGCCACCGGAUUUCGUGCCGGCUGUUGGCGGGGGAUAUUCGACUGUGACUAGAGUGGAGGUGGCUGUAGAGGAGGCGGCUCCAGUCGCCACGGAAAGCUUUGCUGAAGAGGCGAUGGGUGCGAGGAGCUGGCAGGAGGCGGUGGAGGUGGAGGAGGCUGCCACGUCAGCAGCAGCGGAUGGCAGUAUCGAGAUUUCCGCGGCAGGGGGGAUUGAGGUUGUCCAUAAGACAGAAAACCCCAUGAGCAUUGUGUUCGUGGCGUCGGAGGUGGCGCCCUACUCCAAGACCGGCGGGCUGGCGGACGUGGUGGGGUCGCUGCCUGUGGCGCUGGCGGCGAGGGGCCACCGCGUGAUGGUGGUGGCUCCGCGGUACAUGAAUGGCGUCACAGACAAGCUGUAUGCAGGGGCCUUCGACAUGCAGUGCCGCAUCAAGUGCUUCUGCUUCGAGGGGGCUCACGAGGUGGCUUUCUUCCACGAGUUCAGAGACGGCGUUGACUUUGUGUUCGUGGACCAUCCAUCAUACCACCGCCCUGGCACGCCCUAUGGCGACCAGAACGGCACGUUUGGAGACAACCAGUUCCGCUUCACGCUGCUGUGCCAUGCGGCGUGCGAGGCGCCUCUGCAGCUGGAGCUGGGCGGGUUCACGUACGGGGAGAAGGUGCUCUUCAUCGCCAACGACUGGCACGCGGGGCUGCUGCCCGUCCUGGUGGCGUCCAACUACCGCCCCCAUGGCGUCUACAAGGAUGCUCGCACUAUCCUUGCCAUCCACAACCUCUCGCACCAGGGCGUGGAGCCCGGAUACACGUUUGGCAGCCUUGGCGUCCCCGGCGACUGGUACGGGUCGCUGGAGUGGGUGUUCCCGGAGUGGGCGCGCAAGCACGAGCUGGACAAGGGAGAGGCGGUGAACAUCCUCAAGGGGGCCAUCGUCACAGCUGAUAGGAUCGUCACCGUCAGCCCGGGCUAUGCCUGGGAGAUCACAACUGUGGAGGGCGGAUGGGGGCUGGAUGGGCUGCUCAGGGGGCGAAGCUUCCUGCUUAACGGAGUGACGAAUGGCGUGGAUGUGGUGGACUGGAACCCGGCCACGGACAAGCACAUUCCCUCGCAGUACACUGCUGAGGACAUGUCGGGCAAGGCAGCGUGCAAGGCGGCACUGCAGCAGGAGCUGGGACUCCCUGUCAGACCCGAUGUGCCGCUGAUUGGGUUUAUCGGGCGCCUGGACUGGCAGAAGGGCCCGGAUGUGAUCCAAGCGGGCGUGCCCGAAAUGAUGACGGGCGACGUGCAGUUCAUCAUGCUGGGCAGUGGCGACGCGGAGUACGAGUCGUGGAUGGCGUGGGCGGAGAGCGAGUACCGUGACAAGUUCCGCGGCUGGGUGGGCUUCUCCGUGCCCGUGGCGCACAGAAUGACUGCCGGCUGCGACAUCCUGCUCAUGCCGUCGCGCUUUGAGCCGUGUGGGCUGAACCAGCUGUACGCCAUGAGAUACGGCACCAUCCCCGUCGUGCACGCCACAGGGGGGCUCAGGGACACGGUGGAGGAUUUCAACCCAUUCGCCAACGAGGGCAACGGAGCUGGCACCGGCUGGACCUUCUCUCCUCUCACCAAGGAAGCCAUGAUGGGGGCACUAUGGACGGCGAUCCAGACGUAUAGGGAGCACCGGGACUCAUGGACGCGCAUGAUGGAGCGCGGCAUGCUGCAGGACAUGUCGUGGAACAAGGCGGCGGAGCAGUACGAGCAGAUCUUCCAGUGGGCCAUGCUCGACAAGCCCUAUGCUUGAAUAGAUAUGUAAAUGUGUUUUGUUAGUCACGUUUGCAGCUCAAUUGGGUUGUGACUACAUUGUUUUUAUGGUUCAUUGCUGGAUUUUUGGGCUUGGCACGCGAGGGUGUAGUGUAAAAUUUCCAUAUGCUGGAGCACUAUGGACUAUAAUGAGUGGCGGUACAAGUGCUGCUUGCAACAAUCAUCAGGCAUCCUUUGGUGCCCCUUGACUCCCUCUUGAUUCUGUCCUAGCGCGGUGUUGGUGCUUGUUCUACAUGCGUUGAAGAUGUUUAGGUACAAAUUGAUAUUGAGCAUGUAAUACAUUUUUUA